UAACUACCAGUCAAGUGACGAUAUGAAUGAAACCUUGCUAGCAACCUGCCAAGUUCAUUUUUCCUUGUUUGCUUCAACUAAUUUCUCUCUCUCUCUGUACCGGCAUCCAUGGUGAUGGAGGCAUCAUGGGAAACCAGUGUUGCAGAUUCAAUCAACACUAUCUACCUUCUCUUCUCAGCUUACUUGGUGUUCGUGAUGCAGCUUGGCUUCGCCAUGCUCUGUGCGGGCUCAGUACGAGCUAAGAACACCAUGAACAUAAUGCUCACCAAUGUGGUCGACGCUGUGGUGGGGAGCAUCUCCUACUACCUCUUCGGUUUCGCCUUUGCCUUCGGUGUAGGCCCCGAUUCCAACCCUUUCAUAGGUUCUCGCUAUUUCGCACUCAAAGACAUUCCCAACAACACCUACGACUACAGUUUCUUUCUCUAUCAAUGGGCUUUCGCUAUUGCAGUCGCCGGAAUCACCAGUGGAUCCAUUGCUGAGCGAACCCAGUUCGGAGCAUACCUUGUUUACUCCUUCUUCCUAACCGGCUUUGUUUACCCAAUUGUCGCCCACUGGGUUUGGUCUUCCAGUGGUUGGCUAAGUGCGAGCUCGACCGGCUGGUUGUUGUUUGGCUCCGGCGCCAUUGAUUUUGCUGGGAGCGGUGUAGUACACCUGGUCGGUGGAAUUGCUGGGUUGUGGGGUGCGUUGAUUGAAGGCCCUCGAGUGGGGAGGUUUGACGCCUUCGGCAAACCCGUGCCAAUGCGUGGCCACAACGCCACUCUGGUGGUGCUUGGGACGUUCUUACUGUGGUUCGGCUGGUUCGGAUUCAAUCCAGGUUCGUUUGAUAAGGUGCUGGUUCCAUAUCCUGACACGACUGAUCAAGGCAACUGGACUGGUGUUGGCCGGACUGCUGUUACGACGACGCUAGCCGGCUCAAUGGCCGGCGUAGUGACUUUAUUCGGACGGAGGCUAAUAGUGGGACAUUGGGAUGCUUUGGAUGUGUGUAAUGGGGUGCUUGGUGGGUUUGUAGCCAUCACCUCGGGCUGCUCAGUGGUUGAGCCAUGGGCUGCAAUUGUGUGUGGGUUCGUCGCUGCUUGGGUCUUGAUUGUGCUCAAUAUGGUCGCACUGAAACUGAAUUUCGAUGACCCAUUAGAGGCGGCACAGCUGCACGGUGGAUGUGGGGCAUGGGGCCUUAUAUUCACAGGGCUGUUUGCUAAGCGAGAAUUUGUGAUUCAAGCUUAUGACUCAGGGGAGAGUGGCAUUACCCGUCCCUAUGGGAUUCUGUUGGGAGGGGGUUGGGGGCUGUUUGGGGCCCAAGUGAUGGAAGUUUUGGUGAUUGUUGCUUGGGUCAGUAUUACCAUGGGUCCUCUGUUUUAUGCUCUUAAAAAGCUCAGGGUUCUAAGAAUAUCGGUGGAUGAGGAAACUGCCGGACUCGACAUCUCCAGCCAUGGAGGCUAUGCCUACGUCGCCAACCCAGAGAACUAUCCUCGGUUUUAUGCGGAAUAUGUGCAAACGGAAUGACAACAUUUGUCAUUGUGCCUUUAGAUUGUUCAUAUCUUCAUUCAUCAACAUUGAUAUUGCUGGAAUUUUCUCUUUUGAAUUUGUUCUGUUGUUUUAUCUUUAUUACAUGUAGUAUGCAAUAAUGUUGAACAAUUAUUCCAACAGUAAUUAAGGGAAAUACCCUUUUGGUACUAGUACAUUGAAAUG